AUGCGCUCCUUCGACGUCGCACGCGCUCUCGCAGCGCUGCUCUUCUUCUUCACCGCUCUCACCGCUGCUCUCCCCAUGCCCACCGCGCUUCCGCCCCUGCGCAACCUCCCGCGCGCCGUCAAGGGCCAAAUUGACUACACGCGCGACCUGCUGGAUCCCAUCCUGUGCCCUGCUGCAGGCACUGGCGCAUGCGAUGCCCAGUGCGGUCAGCUGGCUGCCGGACUGACGGGCAGAUGUGACGCGAACGGCAACUGCAUCUGUGCCGAUGGCCAAGGACCAGUUCGCCAAACCGUCCUGCGCGAGCAGUCUUGA